AGAAGUAUGUUCAUGUGCUGCUAGAGACUGAGAUCUUCGUCAGCUAGUCACCAUUUCCGGAGAAUUUAAUGCGUCAUUAUUAAUGUUGCUUGGUUUCAAGGAAUAUACUCAGUUCUCAUUAAUCCAUCCUCAUCAAACUUAUUACUUCACUUGGGAAUCCUAAUUAAAACCCAGAACAGGAUAUCAUUCCUGGUGUUGUUGGCAUGCCUGUAGUGUGGUGUGGCAGUGCCUAUGGCCGAGCUGCGGAGCUGUGAGGCUGGCAGCAUACCACUAGGGGGGUCUCGGUUGCCAGCUCCAGCCUCAUCACAAGGUGCUAGUACUACUAGCAUCAACUCAUUCAAAAACGGUUCAAGCUCUUCCCGCAACACUCCCUCUCGUUCUCAACACAGCUCAUCAGUUGCCACUUCGGUUAUUGUGAGCACCUCUGUUAGGAGCCCAGGUUGUCGUAGGAGCAGUCUGAGCUGCAAAACCCCUCCCAGCCCAAGCGUUGCGACAAGAGCACGCUCAUCAAGUGGUAGCAGUGGCAAGAGUUGUAACGCUGUGGCCAGCUCGCAACUUCCUUCUGUCUCGCCUGAGGCAUCAUCCACAGUGGCCAGUGUAUCCUCUCUUCCUCUGCGAAAGCGCAAGUUUUCAGCUCUGGAUUGUUCUGCAAUUGAUCUCAGUGUUAAGGGUUGCCAGGAUAGUGGCCCAAGCAGACCCAGUUCUCCUGUAACUAACUCACUUCCCAGUAAAGAGGAGCUCUCUUGUCCAGUGACAAGAAAACAAGCUGCUAGAGCAGCUGCUGAAGUCAUUGUUGGUCCAGCAGCAUUGAGUCCUGCUGAACAUCACACUCCCACGAGGAGGUCGCACAAGGCCCCACGCUUGAGCUUGCCUUUAGGCCCCUCACCUCCUGUGAGAGAUCAGCGAAUCACGCGCCGCAGUUUGGCUGUGUCCUCCCCAGCUGCGUCUCCUGCUAAUACCAGAAGACAAAGUCUGAGGUCCCCGCGAGUGAGAUCUUCCGCCAGCUCGUCACCUUCAAGGUCCCCAUUGACCCCGCGAAGGCUCACUAGACUUAGCGCCCAGUUAGGAGUUGGCGGCGAUUUGGCCAGCCUCCCUGAAUCCUUGCCACUUGCCUACCCUGCCAAGAGAAGGAGGGUCACCAGCGGCAGAAGUACAGGCUCUGUAGAUUCGACCGACGGUCCCAGCGAGUCGAAACGCGCGCGUCGUGUAUCGCCCAACGCUCCGUCGUGCAGCAAUAGCCCUGCGUGUGGGGCUGCCCCGACGCACCCCCAAGUCCAUAACCCUAAAUAUCGCUCCCUAAAAGUCGAUUCUUCUGAAGCCAUCAACGUCGCGCUGGCUUCUUCACCUGGCAACUCGACUUCCUCCUCUCCACCAUCCUCUUCAUCAUCCUCAUCGUCAUCUACUGCGGGUGUCUUCAGCAUUACAAAUCUCGCUGAAUUUUCUCACCCCGUACAGACCCCCCCGGCCGUUCAGAGCUCAACCCCUGCUGCCUCCAGUAACCCCACUGGCAACUUCUUGGAUCUGCCUCUUUCAGUUCUGCCUCUGCCACAAGCUGAGAGUGAGCCUCGCCGCAAUUCUUUCGGCAUCGUUAAGUCAUAUCCAUUAAGAAAUCGUCUGCGCAACGAAGCACAGCAGAAUUACAGCGAUAAUUCAAGCAACAUCAACGUCUCUUGCGUCUCAACCCCGAGUGCGGCAGCGACGGUUGUUGCUUCAAACAUAAUACCUUCGACGGGCCAGCAAGUUUGGUGCCACCAGUCUUCUCUGAACACCGUCUCGUCUGCUCUCAGUGGCGGCUUAAGUGCUGUGACUGUCGGUGGGGCUACUGGUAUUUCACACGGCAGUGACCUGCCUCAUUUACCUCCUGCCUUGCCCCAACACAACUCCUCCAUUGGUGGUAUCAGCGGGUUAGCAGGACUCGCGGCCGUAGCUGGAGGUUCCUCUAGUGGAGCCAUAGACUUGUCGACACACUCGAGUCGUGCGGCGGGAAUUGUGUCCACCUCAGGCUGUGGGCCUCGUUACACGCACCAUCAAGUGACGCCAUCUCUGCCUUCAUAUCACUACGCUCCUCAUCAUCCCCCAACGCUUCCUCGUCACCAACCUCCUCCUCCCCCUUCUCAUUCCCAGACUGGGGGUUACUCCUUGUUCCCUCCGUCUUACUCGGCGCAGUAUCAGUACCCUUACGGAAACCCCAACACGUACCCUCCUCCCCUUCCCUUGAACCCCUCUACAGGACAUCUCCUGCAGCCCGGUUAUUCGACUAUUACUUGCCCUCCAGUUGGGCUUUACUCUACCACUGCUCCAACUGCUCCUGCUCCAGCUCCUCCGGGGGUCACCAGUAGCAGCGGCGGUUUUCUCACGGACACAUUCAGGCGACUUCGCGACUCUCGUCGUUCGCAGCAUCAAGCAGGAGAUUUACUAUCUAGUGCGAGUAUACCUGGAGGGCUGCUCUCGACCAGCGCUCGUGGCUCUUCUCCUUCAUCGUCUUCUCGGAGAAGUUCAGGCAAAGAGUCCAGGAGCUACUGGAGGGGCAGAUCCAACACUGUCAGUGGUGGAGUUCCCUCGAGUGUCUCGUCGAAUUCAGCUGCUGCAGCCGCAGCUGUUGGCAGUAGUGGUAGGAAAUCUUCUGGCGGCAACGGUGGAAAAAGAUCCAGCGGCCGCCACACAAAUUCCAACAACAAAAACACCACCAACACGGGGACUUGUGCAAGCACCAGCCAGCACUGGUCAGCAUGUGCUGGUAAAGGCGGCGGCGGCAGUAGCAGUAGCAGCACCAGCAGCAGUAGCAGUGGCAGUGGGGCAGCCGGUGCUGCUGCUUCUGCUCUUGGACUCGACCCUCCGCCUCCAGGCGGUGGACCAUCGGGAGUGAUGUCGGGAGCUGCAAAUAGCAGCAGUGCUGCUCUUGGUGCUGCUGCUGCUUCCAGUUCUGGUGCCGUGACCGCCCCCACUUCCAUGGGCGCAGGCGCCGCUGGUAUCCUUCUUGACCCAAGCGAAGAAGACUCGGAAAUGGGGCGCCUGGAAUCCCUGUUGGCUGCUCGUGGGCUGCCUCCUUCUCUCUUUGGCAGCCUGGCCCCGCGCAUGCAUCAUCUCCUCAACAGAUCCUCGGCUUCAAGUUCCAUUGGAAGUAAAGCCAACCAACUGCUGAUCGGGCUGCAGGCCACGGGCGACGAAGGCCAGCAGUUGCAAGCUCUCAUCGAAAUGUGCCAACUACUUGUGAUGGGUAACGAAGACACCCUCGCUGGUUUCCCCAUCAAACAAGUGACACCAGCACUCAUAACGCUUCUCAACAUGGAGCACAACUUUGACAUGAUGAACCACGCGUGUCGUGCUCUCACAUACAUGCUGGAAGCGCUGCCUAGAUCUGCUGGUGUUAUAGUGGAUGCUGUGCCUGUGUUCUUACAGAAGCUUCAGGUCAUCCAGUGCAUGGAUGUUGCUGAGCAAAGUCUAACGGCUCUCGAGGCUCUCAGCAAGAAACAUUCCAAAGCUAUACUGCAGGCUGGAGGAAUCGCAAGCUGCCUGAUGUACUUGGACUUCUUCUCACUGCCUGCGGCACGAGCAGCUCUCAACAUAACGGCCAACUGCUGCCUCAACAUCACGCCUUCCACGUACCACUUCGUUGAGGACAGCCUUCCUAUCCUCGCCAAUAGGAUCUCCCCAACGGGAGACAAGAAGUGCGUUGAGUCAGCUUGUCUCGCAUAUUCACGCCUCAUCGAUAAUUUCCAGCACAAUCCUGAGAAGUUGCGUCUCAUUGCCAAGCACUCACUGCUGAGCAACAUGCAAACCCUCGUUGUAGCCGUGCCGAGCUUGCUGAGCAGCUCGAGCUUGAUCCUAGUGCUGCGUCAGAUGGCUAUUCUGUGCUGCAACUGCCCGCCUCUCGCUGUAGAGCUUCUCAUGAACAACGUGGCGGAGACGCUCGUGCAGCUCAUCACUGUUAAUGGCAGUGCUGGUGGCCUUGACGGCGAGGAGUUGGAAAUCAGCGCCCGUACGCCUCAAGAGCAGUACGAGAUAGCUAAUCUGGCGUGCGAGCUUUUGCCAAGCUUGCCAAAUACCGGAAUGUUUGCUGUGGACUACAGCCUCAGUGCCACCUACUCAACCCCUUCAUCCGUUAAAUAUACUGCCCUACCUCCUCUACCCGUGUCAUCCCUGCCACCAUCACUGCCAUCUCUCUCUAACCCUCCACCAUCGCUCCCUAACAUGGCAAGCUCUAUGGCUUCUUCACUAUCCCUAACAUCUGAGGCUUUGCAUCAUCCUUCUCCUCCACAACUUAGCACUGCCACGACCCAAAGCGUUCUGCAGCUCCCCUUGAUGCCUCCACAGCACGGCAACGAGGCUUGCCCUCUACCAAUCCAUCUUCUUCCUCCCCCUCCCCUUUCUUCCCUUCCACCUCCACCCCCUCCUCCACCACCAACAACCAUCACAGCCGGUGACAUAGCUGAAGUUUCUGACGCUGCUGCUGAAGAUUCGGCCACCAUAACUUUGAGCUCUGUCGCAACCACCGCCCCAGGAGCGAGCAGCAACAACACUUCUCCUGCUGUGACUGCAGCCUCGGUGUCAGUGUGGCAGUGGCAGGAUGGCAGACAGCCAUGGCAGAUGUCUGUUACCACGUCAGCUGAUGCUCACAAAUCUGAGGAAGAAGACCCGCGCAAAAGUUGCCUGGAGUCAAACGCAGAACUCGCAGCCAACUUCCUACGACGCGUCUUCAAUCUUCUAUAUGAAGUUUAUUAUAAGAGUGCCGGGCCAGCAGUGAAGCAUCGCACUCUUAAGGCGUUGCUGAGGAUGGUUCACUUCGCUAACCCACCACUUCUUGAGGAGGUCAUCAGACCUCAGCACUUCUCGUCUCAACUGGCAACAAUGCUAUCAUCUAAUGACUUGAAGAUUGUUGUGAGUGCCUUGCAACUGGCAGACCUGCUCAUGAGGAAGCUACAAGAAGUUUUCUCAGUGUACUUCAGAAGAGAAGGCGUCUUGCAUCAGAUCAAGAAGCUUUCUGAACCUCCUGCUCCUCCCGUGCGAGCUAUGAGCACCAGCUUAGGUAGCGGUGUCAGUAUUACCUCGACUCCUCUUUCAUCACAGCGUAACAGUUUCAUAACUGUUGGCAGUUAUAUGCCAAUGAUGGGCUCGUCUAAUGUGAGCAGCAGCAGCAGCAAUAACAUCCUCAUGCCGCCUUUACCUGCAUCACUUGGGGGUGGUUCUCUCUAUGCUGGUACCGAGUGGCUGUCAAUGGAUCCGAACGUGAGUGGUUCAGUGGCAUUGUCAGCUAGUCCCCUACUAGCAGCUGCACGCUCCAUCAACAGUUUAGGCGAACCAAACAGCAUGAGUUUGUCUCUGCAUAACGCAUCCAUGCCUCACCUGGCUACUGCUUCUCCAAUGAACUCGAGUCACCUCACUCCCAUCAUUGGGUCCAGCUCUGCGCAUUCCUCACUGACUCCUUCCUCUGCCCAAAAUUCUUCAAUGAUGCACAGCUACCCUCCUCCCCAUGCUGGAGUGUCAGACGGACUUGCUCCCAUAUCUCAGCUACUUGAACCUAGCAUCUCCGUCAGCAGUCACGUCACGUCUCUCGCCACUGCAGCUGGCGUUAGCAACGCUACUGCGCACGGCUCUAGUGGGGCCAGCAAGCUCACGAGCUCACCGCCUAUGCGUCUCUCAGACGUGCUCAAGAAGAAGCGCUCGAACAGAAUGAGUGGUGGUGGUGGCAGCGGCGGCAGCAGUGGUGGCAGUGGUGUUUCUGGCGGCAGGUGGAGGAGCAGGCGGCAAGAGGAAUCUCCACAGCAACACGCUACCUCAUUUGGAGAUUUCUUCAUGAAAUCUCUAUCAUCGACGGCUAGUAGCCCCGAUACGCCUGUCAACACCAGCAACAGCAAUAACGUUAAUCGCACUUCAGCAUGGCAUCUGGGAGGUGCAAGUUCUCAUCACGGAGGACGAUCUGCUCCUACAGCUAAGACUCACGGAGGCGGUUCGAGUAGCAGCAGCGGCAGUAGUAGCAGAGGAGCCGGUACCGGCAGGAGCGGCUCGAGCUUCUUGGCCAACCUGAACCCUGUUAGGUGGGGGCGCUGCAGUUCCACUGCAGCUCCUCCUCCUGAGGUCAAGGACAAGAAUUUGAGCAGCCGAAGUAAUAGCUAUUGCGCUCCCUCUUCAAUGAUUCCACAGCACGUGCAGACGAGCUGCAGCACAAGCAGUCGUCACCGGGAGAGCGUGAAGACGUGGGUCCGGGAGCAGGCCAUGAGGCUUGACCGUGAACACUUCGGCUUGGAACUGCAAGGUCUCACUCAUCCUGCUCUAACUGUGCUCAACAGGCUCAUCGGCGCCAUUCAGCAACUGCACACGCAGCCUGGCAACUGCAUUCCUGCACUCUCGGAGAUGAUGCAUAUCGUCACGGGUUCGGACAUUUCAUCAUUCGAGCUCAUUCAUUCGGGGCUUGUGAAGACACUCCUACUUUAUCUAACGGCCACUGACAAACGACCGGAGAAAGACAUCAGUAAAAAUGUUAAAGAACUACAGGAGACUGCGGUGCCAGGCACAAGCACUGCCGCUGAUGAUGUCGCUGCUUCAAGUAAUGAUGGCACCAAGAGCAGUGGAGGAGCCAGUCCCAUCAACAGUGGUGCACUGGAGACGGCUGCAGGAGGUAUCAUCGAGCCUGCAGUGAUCGCCAACAUAGUCAAGACGCCGCGAGACGAGCGACUCAGGAGCUUCUUGCACGUUUUCCUCGGCUGCUCACUCGAUCCUCUUCAACCUGGCGGCGGAUGUGACCCGAAUGUGGUGUCACGCUUCACUGGCCUUCUGUCGAAGCUGAUGUCGUGCGUUAAUCAACUCGAACAGUUCCCGGUGAAAGUCCAUGAUUUGCCGUCUGGUGCCGGCGCUGGGUCACGAGGAGGUGCCACCUCAGCCAUCAAAUUUCUUAACACUCAUCAAUUGAAGUGCAACCUUCAGCGGGACCCUUCAUGUACGCGGCUGCGUGAGUGGCGCGGCGGUCCAGUCAAGGUUGACCCGCUGGCGCUCGUCCAGGCCAUUGAGCGAUACCUCGUAGUCAGAGGCUACGCUAGACUGCGCGACCACCAACACGACGACAACAGUGACGAUGAUAACAGCGAUGAUGACGACAUUGACGAUAACUUGGCCUCGAUAUCGUCAAGUCAAGGAAGUCAGCAACACAAAUUAGAGUUCCUCAUAGGUGACCAGGUGUUGCCGUACAACAUGACGGUGUACCAGGCCCUAAGGCAUUAUUCUCAGGAACUCUCGCCUAGCGACGCUGAGAAUGAGGGCGAAGUGCCCGUAUCUCAGAGUGCUGUGUGGUUGCACACGCACACCAUCUACUACAGACCGGUCAUGGAGGAACCCCCUGCCAAAUCCUCACGCAAAGGAAAGGGUGGAUCAAAGUCAAGUCCAAAGAAGAAAAUCACCGAGUCUCUAGUAACGGGCUUGAGUCAACUCACUCAGCUGACAAAAAUAUCUAUCAUCUGA